GGCGCCCCGGGGGCCGCCGACCGCCGCUUCCGGCCGCCCACCCACCUGCGCAGCGUGUCGCCCUGGGCCUACAGAAUCUCCUACGAUCCCACCAGGUACCCCAAGUACCUACCGGAGGCCUACUGUCUGUGCCGGGGCUGCCUGACAGGGCCCUUCGGCGAGGAGGACCUGCGGUUCCGCAGCACCCCAGUGCUCAUGCCCACCGUGGUCCUGCGCCGUACAGCCGCCUGCGCUGGGGGCCGCUAUCUCUACGCCGAGGACUACGUGGCCGUGGCGGUGGGCUGCACCUGCGUCCCAGAGCAGGCCAAGGAUGCCGAGAGCCUCAACUCCAGCCUGGACAAGCAGGGGGCCAAACUGCUGCUGGAGGCCAAUGACCAGCCCACCACCCCCUGA